AAAAGAGGAAAGGAAAGAAUGGCAAGUGUUGGGAACAGUUGUUUGAGCUCAGUGUUCACAGCUCCUCUUGAAAAAGAUGUGUUCUUGAAGAAGAUGCAGAAAUCUUCAUGCAAUUGUUUAAUGGGUUCCAACAACUCCUUCAAAUUGAGCAAAGUCUAUUGUGGAUUGCCAGAGAGUGGGAUUGAAAAGAAACCCAAAAGCAGUACAGCCUCAAAUUCAACCAAAGUGGUUGAGGAUUACAAUACAGCUAUGAAGAGGAUGAUGAGGAACCCAUAUGAAUAUCAUCAUGAUCUGGGCAUGAACUACACACUGAUAACUGAUAACUUGAUCGUGGGCUCCCAGCCUCAGAAACCAGAAGAUAUAGAUCACCUGAGAGAAGUAGAGAAUGUGGCAUACAUUCUAAACUUGCAGCAGGACAAGGAUGUUGAAUAUUGGGGAAUUGACUUGCAGUCAAUCAUAAAUAGAUGUAAAGAAGUCGGAAUUCGUCACAUGAGGAGACCUGCAAAGGAUUUUGAUCCAGAUUCCUUGCGAAAUGGUCUACCGAAAGCAGUUUCAUCACUGGAAUGGGCCAUAUCUGAAGGAAAAGGAAAAGUGUACGUUCAUUGCACUGCCGGACUGGGAAGGGCCCCUGCUGUGGCAAUAGCUUACAUGUACUGGUUCCUUGGAAUGAAUCUCAAUGCAGCAUAUGAUGCAUUGACUUCCAAGAGACCCUGUGGACCCAAUAAGAGGGCAAUACAAGGAGCUACUUAUGAUCUGGCCAAAAAUGAUCCAUGGAAGGAGCCCUUUGAGAAUCUUCCUGAAUAUGCAUUUGAGGAUAUGGCAGAUUGGGAAAGGAAGUUGAUUCAAGACCGUGUCAUUUCUCUCCGCGGAACAUGAACACUUAGGUUUCCAUGUAAUUCAAACCAUUGUUCAUCAGUGUGGAAGAGAAAUAGUGUUGGGCACAAAGCAGAGGUAUGUAUCUGGGGCAUGCCUUUCCAGCAUGCUCAUCCUUUUCCCACCUACCCUGUGUGUUCAAGAAAUAUCUAGCUCAGGUAAUGUAUAUGCUUAAUAAUGUGCCUAAAGUAAAUAAAUGUUGCACUGAGAUUGCAAUAUGUUGCACUGAGAUUGCAUCGACAGUAUUUAAGCUGUGCAUGCAAAUCUGAUAAUAUAUGUAUAGGUAUGCAGGUAUGCGACCUUUUAGGUGCAAUUUUAUGUCAGAUCCUGCAAAUUAAAGUUUUAAGUUUUCGUUAACAAACGAGUGGAGUUUGCUAUUAGAUUGUUUAAGUUCUACAAUUAUUUGAUGGUAUGAAACACUAAUACCACGGUAUUAUAUGAUCUUUGGGGAGCAUAAACUAUAGCGCCAUCGUUUCCAAGUUUGUUAUGAAAGAUGUUGAUAAAUAUAUAACAGAAACUAAAUGUGCUGA